AUGACGUAUCACAGCACCAUGGCUCUAGUCUUCAAAGCACAUGUAUCUGUCCCUAAUUACAAAUGUGGUGCCCAGAAAAACCUCAUAGCAGUCAUUGGUGGGUUUGAUGGAGACAACUCUUUCCGUGUGGCAGACAUCUUAAGUCUCUACAACAUUCCACAGGGUCUGCUACAUUCACGCUGCAACGAUCCCUGCCAACCUGGUUCUCACAAGAAGAAGAAGGAAGGAGAGAUCUUUUGUUGCUACAGUUGUGCUCCUUGUCCAGAAGGGGAAUUUUCAAGCCUGAAGGACAUGAUUGACUGUAUCCGAUGUCCGCAAGAUCAGUAUCCAAGCAAGGACCAAAAUCAGUGCUUUGACAAAAUUGUAACUUACCUAUCUCUUGAAGAACCUUUGGGGAUCACUUCGGCAUUUCUUGCUGUUUCAUUGUCCCUGACGACCGCUUUAACACUAGGAACUUUCAUUAAGCACAGUGAUACCCCCAUAGUCAAAGCCAACAACCGGGAUAUCACCUAUACUCUCCUCGUCUCCCUCCUACUCUGUUUCCUCUCUUCUUUGCUGUUUCUUGGAGAACCAAAGAAGGAGACCUGCUUCUUCCGCCAAGCUGCUUUCACUAUCAUCUUCACAGUGGCUGUUUCUUCUGUCUUGGCCAAAACCAUCACUGUGGUUGUAGCCUUCAUGGCCACCAAACCAGGGUCCAGCGUGAGAAAAUGGGUGGGGAAAAGACUGACCGGCUCCAUCCUUUUCUCUUGUUCCUUCAUUCAAGCAGGCAUCUGUAUGGCAUGGCUAGGAACCUCACCCCCUUUCCCGGAUAUUGACAGGCAGUCACUGACUACAGAGAUUGUGGCUGAAUGUAAUGAAGGGUCUGUGAUUAUGUUUUACAUCGCCCUUUGUUAUUUGGGACUUCUGUCUUUUAUCAGCUUGAUCGUGGCCUUCCUAGCCAGGAAACUGCCAGACAGUUUCAAUGAAGCCAAGUUCAUCACCUUCAGCAUGCUAAUCUUUUGCAGUGUUUGGUUGUCAUUCAUUCCAUCCUACCUGAGCACCAAAGGGAAAUACAUGGUAGCCGUGGAGAUCUUCUCUAUCUUGGCCUCCAGUGGUGGGUUACUAGCUUGUAUCUUUUCUCCCAAAUGCUAUAUUAUUCUUCUGAGACCUGAGCUGAACAAGAAAGAGCUGCUAAUUAAUAGAAGGAAUUAA